AUGAACAAGAAUAUCAGUCUUGUGGACAACAAGAAGUGCAAAUACUUAACAAAACCUGAACCACAGAUCCGCAAAUGCAACGAGCAGCCGUGCCAGACCAGAUGGAUGAUGACAGAAUGGACUCCAUGUUCAAGGACAUGUGGAAAAGGGACCCAGAACAGACAAGUAGCCUGCACACAGCAGCUCAGAAAUGGGACCCUGAUCAGAGCUAGGGAGCGGGAUUGCCUUGGGCCAAAGCCUGCUUCUGCACAGCGCUGUGAAGGCCAGGACUGCAUGACUGUGUGGGAGGCGGGAGUCUGGUCUGAGUGCUCUGUAAAGUGUGGUAAGGGAGUACGGCAUCGGACUGUGAGGUGCACCAAUCCCCGCAAGAAAUGUGUUUUGUCCACAAGACCUAAAGAAGCAGAAGACUGUGAGGACUAUUCCAAAUGCUAUGUCUGGAGAAUGGGAGACUGGUCUAAGUGCUCCGUCACCUGCGGCAAAGGGAUGCAGUCUCGAGUCAUCCAGUGCAUGCACAAGAUCACGGGAAGGCAUGGCAGUGAAUGCUUUUCCUCAGAAAAGCCUGCAGCCUACAGACCCUGUCAUCUCCACCCCUGCAAUGAGAAAAUUAAUGUUAAUACAAUAACAUCACCCAGGUUAGCUGCUUUAACAUUCAAGUGCCUGGGAGACCAGUGGCCUGUGUACUGCAGGGUGAUAAGAGAGAAGAACCUCUGUCAAGACAUGAGGUGGUAUCAGCGGUGCUGUGAGACAUGCAGGGACUUUUAUGCACAAAAAAUGCAACAAAAAAGUUGACCUCUGUCAGGCUGGCUGGCUCUCAGCUCUUUGCAAUCUUAUUAUUUAUAAACACACAUACACACACACACACACACACACACAUGCACGCUUCUUCAGACCAAGUAUUAUCAGAUUACAUAUAAUUUAAUCAAAUUAAUUUAUUUUUGCCUGCCAGACAUCCUUAAUUGUUUUGGUUAGACAGCCAACUUCUUUUAUCCUCUGACACUUUCAUAAUUAAUUUUCUAUGAACAAUUUUGGAUACAUUUAUCAGAAUUUUUAAAAAAUAGCAACUAGUAUUUUAAAUGUUUAUUUUCAGUAGGGUCAUUUCUCUGUUGCCAAAAAAAAAAAACAGUCACGUUAUCUUGAAUUUAUUUUAAUUUAGCUGAAUAAUGUUGUGGUAUAUGGAAAUAAAGCCCUUUUAAAUGUUAUAUUUUUGGCAUUCAGAGUCAGAAUGAUCUUGUGCAUUUUGCAACAGAUGUUGAGGUGAGUAAGCUAACAUUAUUGAACAGUUUAUUACAGAAUGUAUUGUGAAAUCAGUUCAUUUGUUCUAGAAACAUACUGAAGGGGAUAAUCUACUGUAAUUUAUAAGCAAGAAAAUUAAAAUAGCGAAGUAGGGAUUUUGAUCAUUCUCAUGGACACAUACUUGAACACAAGUAUUGAAUCAAUGAAACACUGUAGA